AACAAGAAAAAAUAAUAAAUAAAUGGGGAUAUUGUGCGUGGUGACGUCACUCCAUCAUCGCUUCAGAUCUGCGUCGCGGGUUCAGCGGAGCGUUUUCACCCGUCAUCAUGGCUCGUCUCGGGACAUUUCUUUCCCUCGCAGUUUUAUUUGGCUUCGUGACCGCUGGAUUACACAAAAGAUCAGCACCUGUGUUCCUGGAGAAGUGGGACGCGUCUAACGUGAUCUCCCGUCAGAAGAGGAGCAACACUGGAGAUGAGGAGACCAAACUCCCCGCUAACCUGGAGAGAGAGUGUCUAGAGGAAGUGUGUGACUAUGAGGAGGCCAGAGAGGUGUUCCAGGACAACUACAGGACGGAUAUCUUCUGGUCUGUCUACAUCGAUGGUGACCAGUGUGCUGACCAGCCUUGCAAAAAUGGAGCCAUGUGUUCAGAUAGUGUGGGGGGGUACGACUGCAUCUGUAAAUCCGGCUUCACAGGAACACACUGUGAGACAGAUCAGACGGUGUGUUUAAUCGAUAAGAGCAAAGGCUGCAGUCAGUUCUGUAAGCCGGGCUAUCAUUCAUACGAGUGUUCCUGCGCUUACGGCUGGAAACUGCAGCAGAAGGAGAAGUGUGUACCCGCUGUGGCGUUUCCCUGUGGUAAAGUGGGCAGCGUGAGUCAGUGGGAGCGACGGCAGUCAGAAAACAUCAAGUCAGAAUAUGGAGGAUUCCCCUGCGACCUGGAGGAGUGUCCCUGGCAGGCGAUGCUCCUGCGGGGAUCCUCCGGCUUCUGCAGCGGGGUCAUCCUGAAGGAGAAGCUGGUUCUGACCACUGCGCAGUGUGCCAGAAAACACUCCGACUUCCAGGUGGCAGUGGGUAAGCGUAUGACGGUGUUUGAGUCGUCAGGUCAGACUCUGGGUGUCCGGCAGGUGCACAUCCACCCUCUGCACAGCGCAGGUACAGCUGAGAAUGACCUGGCGCUGGUGGAGCUCACAGACAGGAUCAUCUUCAAGAAGAGCGUAGCGGCGGCCUGUCUUCCGGAGAGAGACUUCGCAGACCGCGUGCUGACGGCGGGGCAGUAUAUGGGCGUGGUCACCGGCUGGAAGGACACGCCCACCGAGGACAGCAUUGAAGGACACCUGCUGCUGAACCACCUGUCCUAUCAAACAGUGCAGGACUGCUCACAGCGACUCUCCGCUCAGGUGUCCAAUAAUAAGCUGAUGUGCAGUCUGCCGCGGGCUAAAGCAGACUGUGUGUUCGCGCAGGGCAGUCCAGUGCUGACGAUGCACCGCGAGGUCGUCUUCCUGACGGGAAUCGUGAGUCGGCCAUCAGGAGCAGACUGCAAGAGCGGAUACAUCUUACAGAAAGUGUCUCGCGUUCUGCCGUGGUUGAACACUUUCAUGAGCCCGUAAUUAAAGAGGAGAAGGGAGCGCAGGCUGUUCUGGUGCACUUCAGAGCUGCUGAUCAGACUAAACGCAUGAGCAGAGGCUGAAGAGCAUGACUGCUGCUCCAGAAAACCAGAUGUGCAUGUGGAGUUAUCAUCUAAACCUUCAUUACUGUGGGGUAACAGCGUCAUAGAUCACCAUUAAAGCCUGAUAACACCUUUUAAAUGCAAAAAUAACAUAAAACAAACGUUCCCUUGGACAUUCCUUAACAUUAACCUUUAACUGUGACAUUACUGUCAUCUCAGCGCUGUAGAAUGGGUCAGGAACACGUGUGUGUGUGUGUGUGUGUGAGAGGUUAAUGAAGAGACUUUAUAAGUGAAGCACCAGUUUAACAAUAGGAACACUCCGCUAUCUUUGUGUAAUGUUAGUUGGAGUCCUGCUUAGACGCUGCACAUCCUCUCCUGCUCGGGACUUUGUUUAUCAUAUUUCCUUUCCUUAAAGGGUCACUUCACCCUGUUUACUCUCCCUCUCAUUGAUGAACACUAAAGAAGAUAUUUUGAAGAAUGCUGAGAACCGGUAACCAUUGACUUCCAUAGUUGGACAAACAAAUACGAAGGGGGCGGGGCAUGUCAGAUACUAGAGAGGAUUUGAUUGGUCAGAAGAGUUGAUGAGAAUCUAAAUAGUGUUAAAUAUGUUGAUGAUGUGUGCAAUGUUUUAAUAAAAGUAUUAAUGCUACACACACA